AUGAAACAGGUGAAACGCCCAGACCCGCUCCAACGCGCGGUGUCUGGGUGGAAUAUGUGUUUCAGAAUGCAUUCUCGACAGGACGCCGGCAUUCUCGAGCGCCAUGGACGCAUAGGGCCAUAUCCCUCGAGCCCCAUAUUCGCGGUGGAUCUCCCAGAUUCAAUAAAUUCUCGAGCGCUCGAACGCCAUUGUUUUUUUUAUAAUACGGAAAUCAGAUCGCUGGGGUUUCGAGGUCUAACGCAGCAUAUAGUAUCAGAACCACAACACAAGCCAGGGAACGCACAGCAGGGCCAGCAGGACCAGCUAUGUGUGUAUUUUGAGUUUGGCUGUGUGUUGUGUGGUGUUAUUACUACUACUACUACUACUCUUACUACCACUAGUAUUCUUGUUCUUAUAUCAUUGCAGCAGCAGCAGCAAGAGCAGGGCAAGAGCAGCAGCAGCAAGAGUUAA